AUGGAUGAGGAAACUGAUACCCCAAGCGAUGCAGUGAGCUGGGCCGGAGGACACACCAGUCACCCUGACAUGCCACCCAAUAUCUACGAGGCGGGGCUGGGGGUCCAGCAGCAGCAGUGUCCCAGUGCCCAGGGAAGCAAGCCCAAGAACUUCUGGUUGCACCACCUCCAGGGCCUGGCUCUCUACCUGCCAGGCCACAUGCAGCCUGCCAGCCAGCGUGAGAGCCAUUGGCUAGGCCAGCUCAUGGCCGAGGGCUGCCUCCCACAACCCGAGGGCACAGUCUGGCCCCUGGACUUACCACAGGGGGCUCUGGGCCCAGGAAGUCACUACUCAGCCCUUCUGGAAGCCGACAGCCUGGGAAAUACAGCUUCCAGUUCCAGCAUGGACCCAGCCAAGGGUGCCCCCUCCCAGCCCGGUCCCCCUGAAGGCUUGGGGCUCAGGCCUAAGAGAUCCUGGGGGGCCUCAGAGGAAUCCACAUGUCCCUUGAGCAAGAGAACUCGCUCUGGGGCUCUGGAGAGGCCAUAG